AUAUCGCAUACGUCAUGGACUUCCUUGUAUAUCCUACAUUGUCCAGCUGCGUCGUUGCAUUGUGGCACAAACAGAAUGAACCAGUCCAACGACACUUGCUGGCUUUGCAAUAAUCCUUAGCAAAAUGGAGCACUCUACAAGAGUUGUUUGGUACAAAACUUUGGAGAUAACACCAUUGUCGAUGAUGCUGCUCCUUUGCGUUACGCUGUCGUUGUUUCGGAUGUCAGUUGUUAAAGUAUUGUUGAUGUGAUUUCAUUACAGGUGAUGCAGUACCUGUGGAGAUGACUGUAGUUCAGCGGCCAGUGGGUGGCAGCUCGUAUUCCUGCUAUCUAAGUUCACAAGAUACAGAUGCCAAGUGUGACUACGGUCGUUAUGUCAGAACAAGAUACCAUGAACCAACAUAACAGACGUCCGACAGCAUCAACAUGGAAUAGACAAACGAUGUCAUUUCGAAUAGACCUCUCGUAUGCUUAUCAAAAUUAUUUCGGAAUUUACUUUUGUCAAGCGAGUAAAUCUGGCAGACUGCUUACGACUGUAACUGCCACUGUCCUUCUCGGUGAUACAAAAAUUGUUCCUGCAGAUGGGUUGUAUACAAAGACCGUCAAUAAAGGGGAUGAUGACGUUGUCAUCGAGAUGACAGGGAUCGUGUCAUCUCUAAAUGAGUUUGCUUGGCGGUUCAAUAACUCUGAUAUCUUACGGAGAGGAUCUUCAAGCUAUACCAUUACUAGAGCAGUUACAAUUAACGAUGCAGGCGUGUAUGAAUGCCAUUAUCUUCAUGAGCGGUACUCAGCAAGGCAUGGACUUGUUCGACUAAUAGUCAGACGUUGUCCGGCCGGUCGGUGGGGUCCACCUGAAUGUCUGGGGGUUUGUGAUAACUGUUACCAUGGUGGGGUAUGUAAUGACUUGAAUGGACGUUGUGUUUGCCCGGCUGGUUUCAGUGGAAGGAAUUGCUUGCACGCUUGUGGUAACAACAGAUUUGGGUUUAGCUGUGAGAUACAAUGCUCCAAUGGUGACUGCAGAAAUCGAGUGUUUUGUCUUCCUGAUCCCAUGGGAUGCACGUGUUAUGCCGGGUACAAAAACUACGACUGUGUGACAGUGUGUCCUUUUGGUAAAUUCGGGGCAAGUUGCCUCCAAACAUGUCACUGUCGCCAAGGUUCGACUUGCAACCGUUUCACCGGCGAGUGUAGCGGGGGGUGCGCCCAAGGUUGGACUGGUCUUUCAUGUCAAAUUCCAGAUGCUUGUCCUGAUGACUUCUAUGACGUCAACUGUACAUCCAAGUGUCAGUGUUUAGAGAACAGACCGUGUAAUAAACAGACAGGGCAAUGUCCCAGUGAAUGCAAGCCUGGCUUCGUUGUCUAUCCAGAAGCCCUGAACUGCCAAGAGUGUCGAGAUGGCACAUUCGGUCUGAAUUGUAUCGGCAUUUGCCACUGUAACGAGCGCAACUGCGUCAAGUCGACCGGAGUCUGUGAUGGAGGUUGCAAAAACAACUGGGCCGAGCCAGACUGUACCAUAGGUGUGUUGAGUUUUAAUAAUACUCAAGCGAAUAGCGGACAGCCCUCUACGUUCACGUGUGUCGUCACAGGAAGCCCAUUGCCUGCAGUGACCGCUGUCAAGGUCUACAGGUAUUCCAACGGUGUGCACUACCUGUCAAAUACCAGAAGCCUGAUUGGUUUGGAGCUUGUCCUUGCGUUCGAGUUUCCGGCGGUAGAGUUGGGUGAGGAGUUCAUUUGUCAGAUAACAGAACCCUACGCGGCUUACCCACUUACUGCUGAGAUGUACGAAUUGCCUGCCUUGACGAGAAAACCUCGAGUCGCAGAGACCAGAGCUCGCCAGGUGGCCAUCGAAUGGGACCCCUGGAGCCAGGAGGCCGGAGACCCGGGCGAUCCUCCCAUCACGGCCUACACCGUCUACUACCGACCAGAGACCGGCCAAUUCACUGAGUGGAAGAGGGGCACCGAGGUCUCAAGUAACAGGUUGUCAGCGACAGUUGACAAUCUGGCACCCAAUACUUCCUACGAACUGGGCGUGACCGUCACCAGGGAAGGGGUGGGCGGGGAAGGAGCCAGAAGUCCUACCCUGUCUGUUCAAACCCCAUGCACUGAGCCCUUGAAACCUCCAGAUGAUAUCCGGGUCUUUAGCCAGCAAGAGAUAAAGAGGCAAAUAACUGUUACGUGGCAGGAUCUUCAGGAUGUUUUUCAUGGCUGUAGGACUGGUAUCAAGCAAUACCGUAUUAGGUACACCAAUAUGGACACGGGCACCAGCGAAACGGACAUAGUAGGUGGCGAAGUAACAGUUGUCAAUAUAACGGGUCUUGGGCCUUAUGUGCAAUACGGCUUCUCCAUCAGUGCAGUCAACGAAGUUGGUACCGGUGCCUGGAGUGACGUCAUCAUGACGUACACAGCAGAGGAAACGCCCCCUCCCCCGCAAACGGUGACCGUUCCACGGAGCACGACAAGUUCUAUCACGGUGCUAUCCGUAGCAACCUCGCCCUACAAUCUUAACGGUAACGUGAGUCACUACUUAAUUCAGUACAGCCAAGUCACUGAGGGCGCCCUGUCAGAGGCAACAGUUGAGCGUAUCAACCAAACGGGCUUCAAAAUGACUUACACAAUAAGUGGCCUGCCUGCCAGGACCGACUACUCAAUCCAGGUUAAAAUUGUCAACGGAGUCGGUGAGAGUGAGUGGAGUCAAGCUGUGCAAGCGACAACAGUAAACACAGGUAAUCCAGGAAGCCAGAGUGGAAGUCGCGGAAGUGUUGCGGGGGGCAUCAUUGCUGCUUUUUUAGUCCUUAUCGCAAUUGUCGUUUUUCUCGUUUGGCAAAGAAGGCGUAAAAAGGACUCCCAGAGACAAGCAACCAGUAAAACUGAGACCAUCUACAAAAAUAUCACAUAUGACAAUUCCAUCAAUGAACACCAGGAAACGGUAGAUGACGUCUCAUUAGAUGCUCCGAAGUCAAUUAAAAUCCAGAAAACGACUGAUGUGGAGACUACCAUCUAUGCAAACGCAGGCAUGGCGCCAGACCAGUCAUCGAUUCCAUCCUCUGAUGUAGCUGCACCUAAGAAAACCCAAAUCCCCCCUAAACCCAAUCACAAACCACCGCCGCCCUCAAGUCAGGACAAACUGCCGAUGGGUCUGCUUCAGCUAUUCACUGGCAUCACACAGCCAGCAGAUGACAUUGGCACUGAACCGAUUGAAGGGAGGUUACAACCAGUGCCAAGCAAACAGUCGUUGGCAGCUGAACCGCUCAAUCAGUCAGCGGAACCUGUACCAUACAAACAGUCCUGGGAUUCAGAAUCAGACAAACAGUCGUCGGUUCAAGAGCCAACUCCACCAACACAGGCUUCCUCAUCUGAUAAUCAGUGUGAAUAUGGCAAUUUGAACCUAGGCCCACAACUUAGCAUCCCUAUCCCGGUGGGCCAACUGGACGAUUACAUCAAAAAGAAGAAAGCCAGCUCAACGGACAGUCUCAAAUACGAAUUCUCGCUCCUACCUUCUGAUCAAACCAAACCUUGGACUGUGGCGUCCCAUGCUGAUGUGAAGACACGGAACCGCUUCAAAAAUAUCAUACCAUAUGAUGAUUCUAGAGUUCCCUUGGAAGCGAUUGAGGGAGAACCGUUAUCACACUACUACAACGCAAGCUACAUACAGGAUUAUAAGAAGAAGAACGCGUUCGUUGCUGCUAUGGGUCCAAAUACCGCCUCUUUGAAAGAUUUUUGGCGGCUCAUAUGGCAAGAGAAGUUUAACAUCAUCGUCAUGGCAACGCGACUGGUGGAAAAUGGGAAGGAAAAAUGCAAGAGGUAUUGGCCCACGACUGUUGGCCAGGAGGAGAGAUAUGGGAAGACCAUCGUGAAACUUCUGGAAUUGGAAUCGUUCUCAGAUUAUGCCAUCAGCACUCUACAAGUCUACCAGGCUGGUCGGGAUGAUAUCAGCCAUACGAUCAAGCAUUUCAACAUGAUCACGUGGCCAGACAUGGGCGUUCCUCUGUACCCGUCGUCCGUUCUCGACCUGGUACAAGUCGUGAAGGAUGCUCAAACACAGUUGCUUGCACGGAACAGCGCCGAAGCUGACAAACCUUUACUUGUGCACUGCAGUGCCGGUGUUGGUCGAACGGGAACCUUCAUUGCAAUAUACACACUGCUUGACAUGAUGGCAGAGCAAGGGGAAGUGAGUGUGUUUCGAUUUGUGAACCAGAUGAGAGAGAACAGAGUCAACAUGGUGCAGACCUAUGAGCAAUACGUAUUCAUCUACUCGGCUCUGUUGGAAGCCCAUGUCGGGGGAGAUACCAGAAUCCCAGUCAAACACUUUAUCGAGAGAUUUGCAAAACUGAAGAAGAUCAAUCCAAAGACCAGAAGGCGCUACAUUGAUGAGGAGUUUCAGAAAGUGAACCAUGUCACGCCGCCACCAGGACAGGAUGCAUAUGGGGCAGCCUUACUGCCAGAAAAUGUUGACAAGAAUCGGUUCCCUGACGUGCUUCCCUUGGAACGUAACCGGCCAUGCUUGACCUACGAGGGCGAGGAUAACUCAAGUUACAUCAAUGCGUCCUUUGUCGAUAGUUUUCACCGUAAGGAUGCGUUUAUCACAACCCAAAUGCCUCUACCAGACACCAUGGUUGACUUCUGGCGCCUUGUGUAUGACUGGAACUGUUCAACCAUCGUCAUGAUGAAUGGUUCUCAUACUUUAAAGAAUGAACCUGUCCAGUACUGGCCUGAUUCUGGUGGACUUGUCGUCGGCUCUCUCUGUGUAGAAAUGGUGGACCAUCGUAAAGAGAGGGUUUACAAUUCAACAACCUUGGAGGUAUCAAGAAUCGGCAGUUCUGAGAGCAAUAACAUGAUCGUGAAGCAUUUCCAACUCAAUGGUUGGGCACGCAACGAGGACAAGCCAAACUCUCCUCAGCUGCUUCUGGAUCUUGUGGAUGCUGUGAACAGGUGGCAGGCAGAGAGCCAGUCGACAGGGCCUAUUUUAGUCCAGUGCAUAAACGGAGUCGGCCGCAGCGGCGUCUUCUGCGCCGUCUGGACGGUUUUAGAAAGAAUGGUGAAGGAAGAGGUUGUAGACGUUUUUCAAGCUGUGAAGAGACUACGGAUGAACCAGCCACAGAUGAUCGAAUCCUUGGAGCAGUUUAUUCUGUGCUAUGAAGUUGUCCACCAACAUCUUGAACGGUUUCAGCAUUAUGACAAUCUCCUCUGAAUGAAACAGACCUUCAUCAUGACAGACUUUGCCACAGAAAUGUUUGUUAUUGAUUAAAACAUUGGAUAGUUGUUUUGCCCCUUAUCAAACUGCGCCAACUGAAGUCAAAUUCAUUUAAAGGAGUUUCGAAUAUAAGAUAUUACAGACAUUGUAACAAGGUAACAAAGUAUUGAUUGAAAAGAUUAAAAUAUAUAUAUUGAAAUAAGAAUAAAUAUGGAGUGAUGCAAACAGGAGGACUAAAUUAAACUUGAUGAUUACAAUUUUUUAUAUUAAAAAUAUUUGUUGAAAGAAAACAUGGAGUUACCACCGAUCAGUUGACCAAACACAAUCAAAAGGAAUCAAUUCAGAAUAAAAAUAAACAGAAUCAAAGUAUUAGUUAUUAAAUCAAUCAAUAAAAUAAUCCAUCGAUCGAUCAAUCAAUCAAAUAAAAUAAUUACUAAAAUUAAUGCAAUGCUAGAAUUUACCCCUUCUCCACGGUAAAGAAAAUCAUUUAAACAAGUUAGUAUAUAUAUCUUAUUUCAUUCUUUUCUCUCUGUAAUGUAUGCGCAAUGCACAAAUACGACUUUUCAACUUAGCUUUCAAAAAAAAGCUUGACUCUCAGAUUGGAUUCCUGAAGACAGGGACAAUUCUUUCUAUCCUCUCCUUUUCAGCUUGUAUAUUAGCCAGUGCAUUAGCAUUUACAUAUAGGCGUAUUAUUGCUCUAAUUAAUCAAGCUAUGACCAGACGAGACGUAGUAGUUAUAAUUGUUAUUCGGCUAUGAGUGUAGUCUGUCUUUUCCAUUUUAUGAUUUUUCGGAAUUUUCGUUGGUUUAUUGUUAGCAGGGAUCUGGUUAGAACACACAAUAUUUGUUUAAAGUUGCCUAUGUCCUUGGCAGCCAUUUUUAUGUCUGAAGAUUUAAAAAGUACGUCGACAGUGUCUGUUUUUCUUUACGUACAACAAUAAUGGAUCUAAAUAUUCAGUUGAUAUGCUCUCCGAAGUACGAACGCGCUUAAACAUUUUCAAAGUAAAGUUCCUACGUAACUUGUGAUCAUUAAGUGCAUUAUACUUUUAGAUUAAUUGAUAGUAAAUAUUCAGAAUAUAAAAAUUCUAUUAAGUCAUAUCGCUAUCAUGUGCCACGUAGCUUUGCGAAUAAUUAAUGAUACAAAUUAUCUACAGUAGACAAGCCAUUCAUGUUUGAUGUAAUAAUAUUGAGACAUAGAACUUUUUUCAAUAAGCAGCAUUUGAAUAGAGACAGAUAUAACAAAAAUUUUAAUCUGAUUGAUCAGAUGAAAAGUUAAGGGAGUCUUUCAAUAACUUUAUAAGGCGAUAAUUAAAAGACAAUGACAAAAUAAUAUACAUGUAACUGUUAUGCAAAUUUCGUUCCUCAUUGCAAUAAAACUAAUAGCAAGAAAGCAAAGAUAA